AUGCAAACGAGUCUAGACGAAAUGUUGAGUCAACCUCAGCAGCAAAUUCUAGAGCAAAACGAUGACGUAUCGGAGCUGGAAGAAAUAGAGGAAGAAGUGAACCAAAUGGCUGAGAGAAUAGCAGAGUACCGGGGAGCAAUUUCGGUUCAGCUCAAAACUACUGUCUCUUCCAUUCUUACCGCUCAGAGACCCGAUGGGUCCGAAUCUCAAUCUGGGUACUCCAGCGAUCCAAGCUCCGACGUUGAAGGACCAAUUGAAUCUGGAAAUAUUGCCAUUUUAGCUGGAGAUGAGCAGAAAGUACAGCUCCUUAAACAGAAGAUUUCGGAGAAUGCCUCUGCCAUACCUGUUGUAUUGACUAAGAUGAAGGAAUGUAUGAAAAUGAUUGAUAAAUUACAAUCGUGCAAUGGACUCAUCCAUCCUGCCUUUAAAAGAAAACGGACUUAUUGA